UCACUUUAGAUUGAGUGCAGCACUAUGUCGGGCCGGUGGAUUAUUUUCAUAGAGGUUAUCUUGGUGAUUAUCCUCUCACCCGGAGUUAAAAGUGGAAAGCAAAGUUCCGAAACACAAUUGGAGGAAGGCAACCAACAGCUAAAUCUCAUUUUGGAGGCCAUAAACGAGCUCGAACGUCAGCGGUUGCAAGAAAGUAUUCUAAGUUCGAAUUCGGACACAAUCAAACAGCGAAUCAAUAGCAAAAGAUUAAAGUGGAAUCGAAGGAGGACUAUACCAGAUCCGGAUGAGCCCGAAAAUAGUGAGAAGCGAGCAUGGGUUACUUCCACUUCAAAUGACCAGGACGCACCAAACCCAGAUUACCUUAAUGUGAACAAUUAUCUUCCCACUCCUGCGCCCUGGUGGUUCAACUAGAAAUAACUAGACCUAUACCUUAAAUAAAAUAAAUUUUUUUUUUGUUAUUUUAAGUGCGGCUGCAUAUUCGAAACCAAUAUAAAUCUUUAUAUAAUUUUUGUAAAUA